AUGUUCUAUUCCCAGUCUCUGUUGUCGAGGAAAGGGCCGCUGGGCAACAUUUGGGUAGCUGCCCACUGCUACAAGAGGCUGAGGAGGGAGCAAGUCACCGGGACCAACAUCUCCUCUACCGUUGGUAGGCUCUCCGCCGCUUCCUCUUCUUCCCACUUCUUUUUAUCCUCCGCGUUGAAGAUUUCUGAGUCCGUCUGCCGUCUGCUUCCGCUUCCUCUAUUUGAUUUGGUUUGCGCCGUCUUUUUCCUCUGGGACACUCGAAGAAUGCUUCUCAAACGGGUCCUCGUGUCUUUCAUGGUUUCAUGUAAAUGCUCGGCGACUGAUAUUCGGUGAGAGUUCAUGAGAUAUGGGUUUGGGCUGUUGAAACGUUUGCACCUGUCUGUGCUUUUGUUGUCCUGACGAAUUGGAAUUUUUUGGCCAUGUAUUAUUUUUCUUUCGUACCAGGCGCUGGUUUUUAUUUAAGAUGAGCUUAAUCGUAAAGCACGAAAAUUCGACUCUAUCCGCGUGCCUUCAUAUUUUGGCGGAAACUGCAGCGGGAGGGAUUUUGUAAAAAGGUGUUUUAUGUUUCAGUCAUCAACUUUUAUACUCUUUACCUUUUCUAUUAUUUAUUUAUUUGUCACACUAAUUAUUUGGUUAUCUAGUCUUCCGAACAUGGUAGCACGUUUUUUAGAUUCUAAAUUAUUUGACGUUGUUUAUGGCGUCAUUUCAUUCACUUCAGUGGGUUUUGUCUUCUUGCAGAUACAAUCAUCCCAGAUGUUGAACUUUCAUACCGAGUGUUAGCUCAUCUUCUUCUAGGUGUUGUCAGAAUUUUCUCUAAGAAAGUUGAUUACCUCUUCCACGACUGUAAUGACGUUCUGAUUAAGCUGGGGAAAAUAUUUCUUACCGUUCAUAAGAAUACAUCCAACAGAGCAAAGGGAGAACAUCGUCGCAAAGCCUUUCCUCCAAAAGAAGGAACACAUGGAAAAUCACUCAGUGUAGCAUUGCGUGAGGAAGAUUUCCAUGGUUCCUCCGAAGUGAUCCGUAUAGCUCACCAUGACACUACUUUCACUCUCCCCAAAACUUUUGAACUUGAUUGUUUUGACUUAGAAGUCGCAGAUGAAGAGUAAGUACCUCAGUUUCUUGGAUUAUUGUCUCUUCACAGCUCAUUGGGAUCAUUUAUUUUAAUAUGUUGCUCAUCCUGCGUCUUUCUUAGUGAAAAUCUCAGGACCCAUGACCAUUUCAGGCUAGAAGGUAUGAUUUGGGCAAUUGAAACAGUCUGUGAAAAUUAAAACCUUUUCCUCCUUUUUUAGGUUCCCUAACAAUGUUUUUUCCACGUUAUUGCAGUGGAAGAUGAGUUUGAGAAAGUGGCCUAUAUGAACAAGGUAGAAAAUACCUAUCUACAAAAAAUUCAAUAUCAUCAUUUUCAGUAAACCUCUACUUCGCAUUAAAUUGUUCUCUUUAUGUCUCGUGGUCGGUGCAGUGAGUGCCAGUACUAUUUGAUUGCUCUCUCUGGAGCUCUGCCACAAAUACAAUUUGCUUGAUCAAAUUAAAACAACAGGGCAUCUUUUUUUUUUUAAAUUUCAGAGGCUUGACGAUGAGAUGAUUGCUCGUUCUGACUUUUAUUCUGGUUGUUUCACACCUGUGGAAGCCCGCUGUGACUUUUAUUCCAGUUGCUUUACGCCUGUGGAAGAGUAUGUCUGGGAAACUCUGCUGUUGAAAGACUUAUUUUCUGGUAACAGACAUGAAACUUAAGAAAAGAGUUUCAUUUCAGUGUUAAUUCAUUUGGAAUGAUGGAUUUUGACCUCGAAGACGGUGAAUGGCAACACACAAGCGCGCCAAAAGAAAAUCAGAAGCUUGAAGGAGGUCCUCCACAUUUUGAUGGUGGGAAGCGUUCCUGCGCCAGAAGAUCACUUAUCCUAGAUGUACAUCCUCAGGUAUCAGACGAUCGAGAAGAACCAAAUGAAUUGCAACUGGCUGAAGUGUCAUAUAAAUCUCCUCCUGCUGAAGGAUAUGCAGAAUUUCAUACACCAGUAAAAAGAUAUACUAGUACGAAGUCGGCAUCUGACUCAGGUAGAUUGCUUUCCAAUGACUUACCGCUUUCUUCUACAUAAACAAUGCAAACAAGUUAUGCAUGUAUAGUUGUGUCUGUAUAUAUGCGAAUAUGUGUAUAUCUUUGCAUGACAAAUUACCCUUAAACCUUAUGUGACAGACUGGACUAUUUUUCUUCAGGGUCUACUUCUCCUGAAAUUGGAGUUUCUACUCCUGCCAUAAAGGAACGUCAGCGAAUAUCUAGAAAAAGAAAAUGCCUUUUUGACGACACCAUUGUGUUAUCUAACCAGUAAGUGGUAUAAAUUAUCUUCGAAAUUCUUUUGAAGGAUUAUAGUAACUGACGAAAAUUUAAUGUUAGUUCUUUUCUUGAUUUAAUGUUUUGAUAUUCUUUUUAUUCGAUUCUUCUAUAUAUACUAAGUUUCACUGAAUGAGUCUUCUAGAAUAUCUUUUGACCACUUAAAAGUGUUAAAAACGUAUUCAGUCUUCUUUUAUCUAUGCUCCUAACUCUCUUAUCAGUAAGGCGUAAAUUUGGAUUAAAAUUCCAAUACUAAAUUAUGCAUGUUGUAUCAUUUGAGGUACUCGAGCGAAAGGUUCUGGGGGCCUGUUCCUCGGGUCACUUUGAAGCACAAAAGACACUGCUAGUUCUGGAGCCGCAUUUUUAUAAGUUCACAGGAGGAAUACAGAUGCUCUGUUUGUGCCUAAACAGCAGGAUAAACUUGUAGAAUGAAGGGUAGCUAGAUUCUGGCUUUUUUAGAUGAACUACAUAAAUAUGAAAUGCCAUCAUCUUUAGGUCAUAUGCCAUUUGUUGGUGUUUUAGCUUUUGAAUUGGCUGAAGAACAAUCUACUUCCAAUUGUUUCCCAAACUAUCGUUCAUUGUGGGUAUAUUUUUCUUACAGAUUUGAAGUUUAAUGGUUACGGGUUCAAUCCUUAAAAUGGAUUUUAUGGAGCCUUUUUUUCCUCUUCUAGGGUAUUUCAGUUGUUUGAAGAGGAAAUAUAUUUUCUCAGAUUGUUUUACCUUGGCUUCCUGUGAUGGGUGCUUGUGCAUGUCUCUUGGUGAAGCUUUCGCUGCAUUACAAUGCUUGCUCACUGUCUCUCUUCAACUUGAAGUUCCUUGCUUAGUCAAAAGAUCCCUUGUUUCUGAUCGCCAUCUCUGUUAGGGUGAUAAAUCCUUGGUUAUAUGUAGACGGGAACCUCCACUGAUUACCAAUGGUUUUAACUUGGUAGCAGAGCGAGUGGCUGCUCUAUUAUCUACAUAAACAAGCUAAAAUAAUAGAAAAUAAACCCAUAUUGAAAACAAAAAAUAAUACCUUCGGGUUAUACAGAUGUGUCGUAUGGUUGUAAUUGGGAUCCUGCCUAGAUAUUUCAGCUAAGGUGCUAUGUGUUUAUCUAUGAGCUUAGUAUGAUUCUUUAAAUGUUUUCCGUUGGUUGCUGAUGAAACUAUGUUUUUGAAUAUUCAAGUCUGAUGGUGUGGCCUACUGGGGUGGUCUUUCAGUUGGGUCCAACCCCUGUCUUAACUAGUCCAGGGCGCUAAUCAGCCCCUAUUUUCUCUCAAAUUGAAGCACUUUAGAGCCUGAAUACUUCAGUUCCAUAAUGUAGCAGUGACGUGGUUUUUUUAUGCAACUGAGAGACACCUCUGGGCGCAGCUCUUUUCCGGGGUUUCCUAUCUUUGAUGUAUAUUUUCUAGCUUUCUCUUCUUCAUUCUUCCAUUUUCUUCUGUGUUAGGAAUCUUAACAUGAAGAGGCUCCCUAAUUGCUUCUGUACUCCUCAGUAUCCUUGGCUAUCACCUCUCACUGUCGGUUUUAUGGUUUCUGUGAACUCUAAACCUGUUCUGCGCAAAUGUUUAUUUAUUUUGCCUCACUCAGAGGAGGAUUUCAUUCAGUUUCCCCUCUUCUCGGCAACCUCAGAUAGAAUGUUUAAGGCUUUGUUAAGUGCCACUGCAAGCAUUUCGAUUUGAGACUGCUACACGAGAUGGCCAUCUUCUGCCUUCUCGGUAUGAUACCUGAGAUUUACAGUUUGAAUAUCUUAUUAUCUCUUCUCUUCCUUGGUUUAUUGGAAAGGAGCUCAAAUUAUUCUACCUUUCGAUUCUGAGUGGGCUUGUCGUCACAAUUAAAUAAAUAAAUACAAACAAUGGCUUCCUACUGCCCUAAAUGCGUACGAUAUAUUUUCGGAUAUGUCCCUCAUAUUUUCGAGAUGUCAGAGCUGUUUAUCGUGCAAGAGGGGAGUGAUCCGAGAGAUAAUGCCAGAUAGUUGGACAGCAAGACCCUUUCUUACAUCUUGUAUGUUCACAUAGAAUAGAACAAUCCUUUCAGAAAACUUAGAUCUGUCAUCUUCCUAGUUUAUCAAUUAAUCCAUGCGGUGAGACAGGCCAUACUAAUGCCCCUAGUGCUAUAAAUUCAUUUCCUCUUUCUAUUAGCAUAAUAGACAUCACUGGUUAGACAUAAGCAUAAAUUGCUUGGUAAAAGUUUUCCUUGAUCAUUGCGACUUCCAAGACUUUAGGACAGAGACAAAUGGUUGGAUGCACUUAUUGUGUCGAUACUUAUAAUGUAUGGAGCUCAUUUCUUCUGAGAUAUUUUCACCACAUGUUUCAUGAUUAGUUGGUGAGGGGUCGACCUGUAAACAUCUGGGGAGCAGAACCCCCCCCCCCCCCCCUCCCACUUCAGUAUCAUGUAUCUCAUUCAACUUAAUAGACUCUGUGGCCCAUAGAUGUGGGGAAUCAUGUGUGAUAAUUUAUCAUCUUCUUUAUUGACCUUUCUUUCUCAUCCUCUCUGAAGGCUUGGAGGGUGUCGUUUCCUAACCUAUUCCUCCGCAACAAUGAUCAAUGGUGAUGUUGACAGACCGAAAACUUUCCCUCCUUUUUUGCUUGAGUCAAAAGUUUAAUUUUCCAUGUCGUCUUUGGUUGCACACAUUGUUACACUGAUAAAACUUUCUAUUUAAAAUGAUCAGACAUAAAAAUAUGUGUUGAGAAAUUAGAGGAAGAAGAGAAAGAGGUUGAUGUAAGGGAUUACAGAGAAAUGCUAGUUUUGGCAGGCAUUCAGUGGAUAGAAGUUCUCACACCACAGCCAAAGUUGGGGGGUUUCCAAUCUAGUGGAAAAAACUGCUAAUUCAUCCCAAUUACACGAGAGGGCUCCUCAAUUGAUCCCCUGGAUGAUCCCUUCGUGAACUUGCGACUUUUCUUCUCAAUUGAACAAAUGAACUUCUGUACAAUCUAGUUAUGUUUUCUUGUGUCGUCGUGAACAGUAAAGGUAAGGGUGCACCCUGGAACCCUAAUGCUGGUGUGCUCAGUGGAGAAUUCCCACUCUGCCGACCAUAAUCAUAAGAAUUGGUGAAAAUCCGCGUGCAAAAGACAGAAAUACUCAAGUGCAUGAGUGGGUUUGGGUAAUUUGGUCAUAAAGAGCCCGAUAACUUAGCCUUAUAAUACGAUAGCCCCUCAACAGUUUCCAUUCUCAAUACAGAAAUAGCCCGAUAUGCUGACCAUAAGAGACAACAAGGAAGAGAUCAAACUCAUGGUUGACGAUUGACAGAUUGGGUAAGGAAUCUGAAAUGACGGAUUGUAUGUGCUUGACUCUUUUUCUUUGAGUGCAGAUGGCUUACUCUAACAAAGGAAUAUAUAUAUAUAUAUAUAUAUAUAUAUAUAUAUAAUAUGUUACGGAUUUUCAACAGAAUGCAAAUAUGUUAUACAAAGUUUAGAGUGGAUGAGGGGGAAGCUAUAGUCUGGUUUUGACGGAUAGUAGUAUGGAAAGUUACAUUUGACCCUGUCUAGACUUGAGGCCGAUUGUGUCAGUCAAUGUCAAUAUGCACAUACUUUAAGCAUCUCAUAUAUGAGGUCUGUUAUCUCGCAUAUGAAAGGGUUUUUUUACAGUAUAGUAUGCCUGUUUAAUGAUUGAAACAUGGGAGGAUAUGCAGACGCUAUUUGUGGAGUCCUUCAUUUUUCACUGGGCGCAUCAAUCCUUCUCCACAUGCUAAGUGAAAGUCCAAAGGAUGCCUUUCUUCUAAUGAAAACACUUCUGAGGUGUGCAGCUGAGAAGUCCGCACCUCCGUUUCCUUUCUAGGGUCACCUUCUUCCAUAUUCUCCUUCUUCUUCUACUGCUACUGCUACUACAUGUACUACUAUGACUUUGCUUUCUCGAUUGAUGGCUUUCAUGGGACACAAUACCACAUGGAAGAAGACAACUGGGUCCCCUAUUUUUGGUCAUGUUCUCAUUGAAUUUAUUUGGUAUACACCUCGUGGAUGUGCCAUUAAUUUUCCCAUCUUACCAAGAUCUGUGCUUGCUAGUGAUUUUAGCCCUUUUCUGCACUUGUUCCAUACAGGAUCCUAAGGCAGUGGAUACGUAAUAGCAGUGGCCUCGUGGGCAAGAGAAGGAAAGUACCUCACGCAUCCCUAGAUGUCUGGAAAGUCCAGAAAAUUAUGAACAUCCGAACGAGUCUAAUGGAACCUUUGAUCCCUUGUGAGCGACACACUCCUUUGACCCUUUAAUCAUAUGAUCUGCUACCUUGCCCUCAUCCGUUUUCUCUCUCAUUCAGCCGUCGUUUUUUACCUGAAAUCUGCGUUCAUGGAGACCGGUUAUGUUCCUUCGGCUCAUAGACAGCCUGCAACUCCAGCUCGAAAAUCAGAUUUGGGAAAAUCUGAGGCGAUCACUGAACAAGAGCCUCCUGUUGAAGCUCUUCCAACAGCAAGUUCUGUAGAUGUUCCUUCAGCUGGCAGAGCGGAUGAAGAGAUACCCGGAGAGCCAUUCAGGACCGAAAAUUUUGAGUCUGAGAUUAGUCUCGAAGACAUAGUAAGUACACCAGGCCACCAGAGCUGCAUCAUUUUUUUUCUGUCUUCUUUUAUUCUUUGGGGGUUGGGGAUUUGACUAAUAGUAAGUACACCAGGCCACCAGAGCUGCAUCAUUUUUUUUCUCUGUCUUCUUUUAUUCUUUGGGGGUUGGGGAUUUGACUGAUACAUUCACCUCGCAUUAUUGUAUGAUUCUUCAGGAAUUCAGCUACGCAGAAGGAGAAACAGACAACCAAGGUACUGAGGCUUUGAUCAUUCUGUCAAUUUUAAGGCUUAUAUGCAUACUGUGAGAAAUUAUUUCUCCUCUGAGAUGGUCAUCCUGUGCUGCAGAUGGGUGGUCGGCCAGGACAAGGUGACUUUGGCUUUAUUUUCUUCUACUUUGCUCAUUGGGGUCUUCUUUUUAUUUCGCUAACCGUAUUCAUUGGCAGCUUCUGUUUUUAUCCGUUAUUCUUAAAUGUUCUUGAAUGACUGCGAUCUUCCAAGUCAGGUCAGUGGCCCGAUAUCUUUCUCGCUGCUUUGAGCAAGAGGGAGGAGUGUUGAGUACAUCUAGGAUCCUCGAAGGGAAGAGGAGAACAAGGUGUGCACAAGUAUUCUAUGAGACCCUGGUAAGUUCUCCAUGAAUAUGCAUUCAUGAGAAAUUUCUAUUGCUUGCUUGAUGUAAAUCUAAGUGCCAGCAUUGAGGAUAUCUUUUUACUUCAAAAGUUUAACGUGCAAAAAUAAAAAAGAGGUGAUUGAAUGUAACAGAGUAGUGUACAAGCAUGCUUGUCUAUGUAUAUUCACCUAUAUGGCAUGUUGACACUCAGCCAGUCACGAGCUUGGCUGCUCGUUCAAAGAGAUAGAAUAGUAGCAGUGUUUGACUUUUUUGUUUCAAGAAAAUCUGCCCACAUAGUAGUGGAACGGCUUACAAGUUCUCUAGGGCAUUACCCACAUAAAGUCAACCAUGAUUGGUUCACUCUCUAGAGAUAAUAAGCAGAGGUUAUGUAGAUAUGACCUUUUUUUUUUUUUGCUAUUUUGGUGCUUUGCACUUCGCUGAUAUUUUCAGCGAGAGAGUUUUCUAUAUAAUUUGAGAAAAAAAGUUUACAUAUUUUUUUUUUGCUACAAUUCAUAUGAGUUUGCCACCGCAGGUUCUAAAGAGCAGAGGAUGUAUAGAUGCCAAACAAGAGUCCCCAUACGGUGACAUCACUCUCUCAGCGACGCCUGCAUUGAAAGCAAUCUUCAUAUCUAGCGGCGUCUGA